CCCCACGGCCGGCAGGGCCGGCUCUCCAAGAUGGCGUGGGCACCGCCUCCGUCGGCGGCCCAACUGUACAGGCCGAACCGCUUCGUCUCGCUGCCCGCCGAGCUCGACCCCGCCACCUACGACACAUCGCCGGAGAAGCUCCGCGCCGAGGCCGAGCGCCUGGCGAUUCGGUCCCGGCUCAAGCGGCAGUACCUGCUGCAGCUCAACGACCCCAACGCGCCCGCCGUCAUCGAAAAUCCCGCCUUGAUCCGCUGGGCCUAUGCGAAGUCGCAGAACGUCUACCCGACUUUCCGGCCGACACCCAAGACGUCCUUUCUAGGAGCUGUUUAUGGCUUAGGCCCCCUCCUCUUCUGGAUCUUUGUCUUAAAAGCUGACAGGGAUCGUAAAGAGAAGCGUAUCCAGGAAGGUAAACUCAAGCGAUCGCCGCUCAGUGUGUUCUUCUAAGUCCCUGGAAUUGCAGUGAUGUUCUUGGGAUAGAAAUAAAAUAAGAUGCACUAUGUGAUGACAUUUCUCUGUCACAAGAAUAAAUCUUAAUUGCUUGUUGGUUGUCUUGCAUCUUUAAAAAUCAUGGGAAGUGCAAAAAUGUCAGAUCUUUAUUUCUAAACCAGAUGGAUACAGAGAGGGUGUCUGGAACUCAGCCACUGUACUCUUUUGAUGUACAUACAGAGGAUCUUUUUAAACCAUGAAAGUUCUGUUGUCCAGGAAGGUUGAAGUUUAAAAUUAGUAGCAGGCUAAAAUGCUAAGCAAGACCAAAGCAGUUUCCUAAAGGAACUACUGCCUGCCUUCCAGAUGUUUCUUCUUGGUGUCACUUUGGCUGUGUGGUUUGCCCUUACUGGAUAGUGGGCGAGUUGUGUGAUACAACAAUUUUUAAGAACAUAGGAGUUUGCCUGAUUGCUCUCAAUAAGUUGAGUUAAUUUUUCUUUUCCCUAAUAAACUACAAACCUAAACCAUG